AUGCUGGCGCUAAUUAACAGACUUUUGGACUGGUUUAGGUCUCUCUUCUGGAAAGAAGAGAUGGAGCUCACAUUAGUUGGACUUCAGUACUCCGGGAAAACCACGUUUGUCAAUGUGAUAUCAGUAAGUAUAAGGAUUUAAUUACCACACCACAUCAAUAAAACAUGCUAGUGUUAACAUUGUUGGAUAGGAAGAGACCACGAGCCGCUGGACUGUCUAGCCCAGCUAGCUAGUAUUUAAGGAACCUGUGUGCUUAGCUACCAUAUGAGCUGAUUCACUGUUUGCUAACAUGAAUGCUAUGCUAGCAUAGCAGUAAUUUCAGGUGCUCUGCAGUGUCAACAGCUAGCUAGUUAGUAGUAAGUAGCCGGCUAAACUCAACGAUUUAUGAUGGAGUUGAGUGGCGACUAGUGUGGGCGGACUGUCGCUCCGACGUCAAAUAAAACCACGUUAUUAUUAUUUUUUAAGUACAGAUUUCAGCACCCAAAGAAUAGUCCGCAAUUGUCGCGCGUAAUUGCGGGCUAUUCUUUUUGUGCUGAAAUCAGUCGUUUUUGAUGUGACAUUGGAGUUAAGUUUAAUCGGCUAUUUAGUAAGCAACAUGACUGGUUAACUUUAGCCAUAAAUAAGACUAUUGUAUCUUAUAACUAACGUUAGCUAUGUCACAUAGAUUCUAAUGUCAAAUCCAUAUAAUUUAUCCACAUGGCAACGCUGGAGCUAAAAUAUGUAGCUAGCUGAGGGGCAUCACCUUUUUGUGUUUCUGCAGUCAGCUAACGUUGUCUAGCUAGGUAGCUAGCUAGCAUGGCUAACGCAUAACAAACUGUGUUCAACUGUUUUUGUCAUCAAAUUAAAUGGACAAUCAACAUCACUCAAAGUUGUAAGGAAGAGUGACCGUUUGAAAUGAUUAAACCUACAGCCCUUUGCUUUGGCCUAAAGCUGGCUAGCUAUAGGCUAGGCCCUACUUCUGAGAGCUGAAUCAUGAGACUAACUACCUAACUUCUUACUCCAAACUGUACAAUCCAAUUUGAGGUUUUUUUCUGGCAGCCUUCUGCUGUUGUUAGUCACUCCACUUGAUAUGAAUGAAACCUGAGUCUGUUUUCAUCUCACUUGGAUGAUGUAAUGCCUCCCAUGCACUGAUACAAGUCACAUCGAAACAUAACAUCAACAGUUAGGCCUAUAAGAAUUGCACUGCUUACAACAAGAACUGAGACCGGAUUAACAUUAUAUCUAGGCUACCUGUAAAAUGUCGCUAUUGUAUUGAGUAAAUCACUGUUUAAAAGUGCACACUACAUAGUACUUAAGGGUAUUUAAGAACUUUGAGUUUUUUCACUUUCUCUGACCUUGGCUCAGUUCAGCUGACCUAAUGCUGAUUAGGCUACAUUUCCCUCUCCACAAGCCUAGCCUUAUCAAAUGUGUCCCAAUGUCCAUAUUAGCUCUUUGGCAAUAUAUUUGUAGACAGGCAGGUAUGUGGAAAGUUGGGCCUGAUUUGACUGUUUUCUGCUAAGUCACUUGGAAGGACUAAUAGUGUUGCACAAGGAAUGCAGGCCCUUUGUUUUCCCUAGUUGUGUUCCACAAUGUUGGAUUUUGACUCCAUGCAGAAGGACACUUGGUACAGUUACUUUCCCCAAAAAAUAAACUUGGCCUAUUCAUACACUAUAUAUGCAAAAGUAUGUGGACAUACCUUCAAAUUAGUGGAUUCGGCUAUUUCGGCCACGCCCAUUGCUGACGGGUGUAUAAAAUCAAGCGCAUAGCCAUGCAAUCUCCAUAGACAAACAUUGGCAGUAGAAUAGCCUUACUGAAGAGCUCAGUGACUUUCAACGGGGCACCGUCAUAGGAUGCCAUCUUUCCAACAAAUAGUUUGUCAAAUUUCUGGCCUGCUAGAGCUGCCCCGUUCAACUGUAAGUGUUGUUAUUGUGAAGUGGAAACGUCUAGGAGCAACAUGGCUCAGCCGCGAAGUGGUAGGCCACAUAAGCUCACAGAACUGGACCGCCGAGUGCUGAAGCGCGUAAAAAUCAGCUGACCUAGGUUGCAACACUCACAACAGAGUUCCAAACUGCCUCUGGAAGCAACGUCAGCACAAGAACUGUUCGUCGGGAGCUUCAUGAAAUGGGUUUCCAUGGCCGAGCAUCCGCACACAAGCCUAAGAUCACCAUGCGCAAUAUCAGCUCGAGUGGUGGAAAGCUUGCCGACAUUGGACUCUGGAGCAGUGGAAAUGCGUUCUCUAGAGUGAUGAAUCACACUUUGCCAUCUGGAAGUCCGACAGAUGAAUCUGGGUUUGGCGUAUUCCAGGAGAACGCUACCCGAAUGCAUAGUGCCAACUAUAAAGUUUGGUGGAGGAGGAAUAAUAGUCUGGCCCCUUAGUUCCAGUGAAGGGAAAUCUUAACGCUACAGCAUACAAUUACAUUCUAAAUGAUUCUGUGCUUCCAACUUUGUGGCAACAGUUUGGGGAAGGCCCUUUCAUGUUUCAGCAUGACCGUGCCCCUGUGCGCAAAGUGAGGUCCAUACAGAAAUGGUUUGUCGAGAUCGGUGUGGAAGAACUUGACUAGCCUGACCUCAACAGAGCGCUGACCUCAACCUCAUCGAACACCUUUGGGAUGAAUUGGAACGCCGACUGCGAGCCAGGCCUAAUCUCCCAACAUCAGUGCCCGACCUCACUAAUGCUCUUGUGGCUGAAUGGAAGCAAGUCCCCACAGCAAUGUUCCAACAUCUUGUGGAAAGCCUUCCCAGAAGAGUGGAGGCUGUUAUAGCAGCAAAGGGGGGACCAACUCCAUAUUAAUGCCUAAGAUUUUGGAAUGAGAUGUUCGAUGAGCAGGUGUCCACAACUUUGAUAAUGGAGUGUGUGUGUGUGUCCAUCACAGGAGGUUGGUGGCACCUUAGUUGGGGAGGACGGGCUCGUGGUAAUGACUGGAGCGGAAAGAGUGGAAUGGUAUCAAAUAUAUCAAACACAUGGUUGGAUGCCAUUCCAUUUGCUCCGUUCCAGCUAUUAUUAUGAGCCGUCCUCCCCUCAGCAGCCUCCACUGGUGUCCAUUAUCCUGUGACAAACCCACUGGACCAACAAAACCUGCUUAAUUCAUGACCCCAAAACCAUUUAAAACCAAGGCAUAUGUAUUGGCUUGACCUAAGAAUGUCCUUUACAGUAAUGGCUGGGUACUCUAGUCUGAGUAGAAGAGGAUCAUUACCAAAGAGGCUUUGCAAUAGCAGAUUGGAAUACAGUUUCCCCAUGCUUGAAUUCAUCACAAGAAUGCAGCACUUUUUCACUUAGUUGUGGUCAGGUGACCUGGACAUGUGGUCUGGAGCUGGACAAAGCUGCACUCUCACCCACUCCAUAGCCAGCAGUACGACACCAGCCACACAACUCGAAUGCUGUUUUUUUUUGGGGGGUUCAUUCUUGAAAUCCCCCUAAUGACUGCCUUGCUACUCAAUUGUUUGUAUAAAACUAAACUGAUGGAAAUGGUGGCUGUCAUUGGACUUUUGUUCUUCUAGAGCUCAUUCCUACAGUCCCCAUUGGAGCAGACAUGAGAUACCCCUCUCAAUCUGUUGGUGUUACAUUUUUGCAAGAUGGUGCUUGCAAACUCCCUCCUGCACUAAAAGGGAACUGUGAAGUGAAUGUGUGUCAUUUGACCAGGUGGCCAGGAAGGCACUAAUACAACCAGAUGUUAUAGGCCUAAUUUUGGGGGGCACUUGGUUGACCUCAACAGUGUCACAGUUUCAAUUCAAUUUAAGGGCUUUUAUUGGCAUGGGAAACGUAUGUUAACGUUGCCAAAGCAAGUGAAGUAGAUAGUAAACAAAAGUGAAAUAAACAAAUAUUAACAGUAAACAUUACACUAAGAAGUUCCAAAAGAAUAAAGACAUUUCAAAUGUCAUAUUAUGUAUAUAUACAGUGUUGUAACGAUGUGCAAAUAGUUAAAGUACAAAUGGGAAAAUAAAUAAACAUAAAUAUGGGUUGUAUUUACAAUGGUUUUUGUUCUUCACUGGUUGCCCUUUUCUUGUGGCAACAGGUCACAAAUCUUGCAGCUGUGAUGGCACACUGUGGUUUUUCACCCAGUAGAUAAGGGAGUUUAUCAAAAUUGGGUUUGUUUUUGAAUUCUUUGUGGAUCGCUAUAAUCUGAGGGAAAUAUGUGUAUCUAAUAUUGUCAUACAUUUGGCAGGAGGUUAGGAAGUGCAGCUCAGUUUCCACCUCAUUUUGUGGGCAGUGUGCACAUAGCCCGUCUUCUCUGGAGAGCCAGGUCUGCCUACGGCGGCCUUUCUCAAUAACAAGGCUAUGCUCACUGAGUUUGUACAUAGUCAAAGCUUUCCUUAAGUUUGGGUCAGUCACAGUGGUCAGGUAUUCUGCAACUGUGUACUCUCUGUUUAGGGCCAAAUAGCAUUCUAGUUUGCACUGUUUUUUUGUUUGUUCUUUCCAAUGUGUCAAGUAAUUCUCUUUUUGUUUUCUCAUGAUUUGGUUGGGUCUAAUUGUGUUGUUGUUGUCGUUGUCCUGGGACUCUGUGGGGUCUGUUUGUGUUUGUGAACAGAGCCCCAGGACUAGCUUACUUAGGGGACUCUUCUCCAAGUUCAUCUCUCUGUAGGUGAUGGCUUUGUUAUGGAAGGUUUGGGAAUCGCUUGUUUUUAAGUGGUUAUAGAAUUUAACAGCUCUUUUCUGGAUUUUGAUAAUUAGCGGGUAUUGGCCUAAUUCUGCUCUGCAUGCAUUAUUUGGUGUUUUUCGUUGUACACAGAGGAUAUUUUGCAGAAUUCUGCAUGCAGAGUCUCAAUUUGGUGUUUGUCCCAUUUUGUGAAUUCUUGGUUGGUGAGCGGACCCCAGACCUCACAACCAUAAAGGGCAAUGGGUUCUAUAACUGAUUCAAGUAUUGUUAGCCAGAUCCUAAUUGGUAUGUCAAAUGUUAUGUUCCUUUUGAUGGCAUAGAAGGCCCUUCUUGCCUUGUCUCUCAGAUCGUUCACAGCUUUGUGGAAGUUACCUUUGGCGCUGAUGUUUAGGCCGAGGUAUGUAUAGUUUUUUUUGUGUGCUCUAGGGCAACGGUGUCUAGAUGGAAUUUGUAUUUUUGGUCCUGACAACUGGGCUAUUUUGGAACAUAAUUAUUUUUGUCUUACUGAGAUUUACUGUCAGGGCCCAGGUCUGACAGAAUCUGUGCAGAAGAUAUAGGUGCUGUUGUAGGCCCUCCUUGGUUGGUGACAGAAGCACCAGAUCAUCAGCAAACGGUAGACAUUUGACUUCAGAUUCUAGUAGGGUGAGGCCGGGUGCUGCAGACUGUUCUAGUGCCCUCGCCAAUUCGUUGAUAUAUAUGUUAAAGAGGGUGGGGCUCAAACUGUAUCCCUGUCUCACCCCACGGCCCUGUGGAAAGAAAUGUGUGUUCUAAUUUAUUGAAUCUCUCUUGACCUAUAGUAGCCUCAAAAUGUAGAGACAAUAUUGUAGAUACAAUCACACCCAUUUACAUCGCUGUGACCUUAACUGACCAUACCUACAUUUUAUGGAGUCUUUGAUACAAUCAUCAGUAGUGAAUUCAGUUGGAAAACGGCCUUCAGAUGUUCCAGGCUCAAGCCUGGCCACCAACUAUCCCCAAAUCUGCUACAAUACAUUUAGUAUUUUUCAAAUUGCUGCUCAAUGUGUAGCCAAAUGUUUUUGUCUAGCUUUAUGUGCUUAAUGUCCACAUCACCGACAAAGCUUUCCUCAUGUCCUAAGUUCACUUUUCCUUGCUUUUGUUUCUCACAGUCUGGUCAGUUCAGUGAAGACAUGAUUCCCACAGUCGGCUUCAACAUGCGGAAGGUUACCAAAGGCAAUGUGACGAUAAAGGUAAAGGUUCGCCAUUCAACCCUGCUCUAAUUGCUCUCUGUGCUGUGCAUCUCCACUUUGACCUACUGUCUGUCUGUAUUGUCUACUGUGCAGAUCUGGGACAUAGGUGGACAGCCUCGCUUCAGAAGCAUGUGGGAGAGGUACUGUCGAGGAGUCAAUGCCAUUGUGUAAGUAUCUGGACCAGCGUAAAGCACCUUGCUGCUCCCCUCUCUAACCAUAACAUGCUACUCUGUAUUAACGUUUGCUGUGGCAUCUGUGUGUUUGCUGUGGUCUGUGUGUAUGUCAAUGCCAGGACUGUUUCCUCUCACCAAUUUCUCUACCUCGUCUCUCAUUAUAUGCCCUUGGCUCUGAAACGCAGGCUCCUUCUACCCUUUUAAAACUCUGUGGUUCCUGUCCUAAUUUGAAGCUCUGAUCUACUUUAGCAAUCACGCUGGGUUCAGGAGAUAAUAUUGUUAACUUUUUAGGAUGCAUUUAGUUUAGAACUCGGCCGUCUGACUGUUCUUCUCCGCUAUGUUCUUUUCUAGCAGCUGCAGCAAUCAUGUUUUUCGUCAACUGUCUUUUUGUGCUUUUCUAAGUCGUCAAUCUAAUCUAAGUAGUUUUCAACAAGAUAUGCAAAAAGACAUUGGAUAAUUAUACUUAACAAAAAUAUAUAAAUGCAGCAUGUAAAGUGUUGGUCCCAUGUUUCAUGAGCUGAAAUAAAAGAUCCCAGAAAUGUCCCAUAUGCACAAAAAGCUUAUUUUGCUCAAAUGUUGUGUACAUAUUUGUUUACAUCCCUGUUAGUUAGCAUUUAUUCUUUGCCAAGAUAAUCCAUCCGCCUGACAGGUGUAGCAUAUCAAGAAGCUGAUUAAACAGCAUGGUCAUUACACAGGUGCACCUUGUGCUGGGGACAAUAAAAGGCCACUCUAAAAUGUGCAGUUUUGUCACACAACACAAUGCCACAGAUGUCUCAAGUUUUGAGGAAGCAUGCAAUUGACAUGCUGACUGCAGGAAUGUGCAUCAGAGCUGUUGGCAGAAUUGUUCAUUUCUUUACAAUAAGCCUACUCCAACGUCAUUUUAGAGAAUUUGGCAGUAUGUCCAAUCGGCCUCAAAACUGCAGACCACAUGUAACCAUGCAAGCCCAGGACCUCCACAUCUAGCUUCUUCACCUGCGGGAUCGUCUGAGACCAGUCACCCAGACCGCUGAUGAAACUGAGGAGUAUUUCUGUCUGUAACAAAGCCCUUUUGUGGGGAAAAACUAAUUCUGAUUGUCUGGGCCUGGUGGGUGGGCCUAUGCCCUCCCAGACCCACCAAUGGCUGCGCCCCUGCCCAGUCAUAUGAAAUUCAUAGAUUAGGGCCUAAUGAAUUUAUUUCAAUUGACUGCUUUCCUUAUAUGAACUGUAACUCAGUGAAAUUGUUGCAUGUUGCGAAUAUAUUUUUCUUCAGUAUAGUGCUAGUUGGAGCUACACAGCCUAUUUUUCGCUGGAAGUCUGGAUGCAUUCCCAAUGACGAUGGUGAUUAGUGAGAAAAUCAAAUGCUACUGAAUGUCUUUGGUCUUUGAUGAGUUACAGUUAUGUAUAUGUUUUGUACCCAGUUGCAUAUGGAUCUACUAAAUUGAAUGUUAUGAAAAACCGGCGUCUGAGCAUUGUCUUUUUUCCUCCAGUUACAUGGUAGAUGCAGCAGACCGUGAGAAGGUAGAGGCCUCCAGGAAUGAGCUCCACAACCUGUUAGACAAGCCUCAGCUACAAGGCAUCCCUGUAAGUCAAUUCUAAUGCUAUAUCAAUCCCAAUGAGUGGCCAGUCAGUGACACAUUUAUCAUCUUCCUUGAGUUCUUCAGACCCAAUGUUCAGCCCAUCUUGGUUGACCUUGACCCCAUGCCAUACAUCCCCAGGAGGGUCCAAUGACUCCAAUCAAAUACAUUUGAUCAUCACUCCUAAUUGGCAAUCACAACCUCUAAUGGUUUAAGUGACUCGGGCUAAGUGGCAUUGGAAGUGCUCAAUUUUGUACCCCAUCCAAGAUUUUUUAUUAGAUUUCAGUUUCCAGCCCAGCAGCUUGCCAACUGACAGGACAAUGUUUGACAUGCUGACUCCGUUAGCCUUCCAGCUUCUCUGAUAAAAUGCCAAAUAGAGGUUGUCUUUUUCCACCAACAGAGAAGGUUCUGUAAUAGCAAAGAGGUAAUACAAAGCUUAUAGAUUAUCUGUCCAGAAGGUGUGAUGUAUCUGCAGUAACAGGGAAGGGCAGCCCAGUGGGAUUGGCUCUGCUGAGAAGUCUGAGUCUCCGAGAGAGACGGUCAUAAAGCCUGCUCUGUCUGCAUACACCCACUGACCCGUCUUGCUCUUCUCUCCUCAGGUUCUAGUGCUUGGAAACAAGAGAGAUCUUCCCAGUGCGCUUGACGAGAAGCAACUCAUCGAAAAGUUGUAAGAUGCUCCGUUUCUCUCUGUUCCCUGAAUGAUCAAUUUGUCAUAUGGGUCGAAAUGACAAGGACAGACAUGUUAACCUAUAUAUCCUUCAUGUGUAUGUGAUCUUGACAGUGUAAUUAAAAUCUUCCCAAGGGUAUUGAAAUGGCCAUGACUCCCAAUAGGAAUGCCACAUUGAACUUUUGUAGCCCAUUACUUGCUAACCAUUUAUCUUGAGUUUAUUUUACGGAUUGCUGGUUGAUGCGGGGUUGAAGAGAGAAAUGCUCUGCCAGGUCCUUAAAUACCUUUUUAUCUUGGCAUUGUUUAGAAGGACUAUUACUUACAUACUCUACAUUAGGACCAUUUGAAAGGUGAUAAAAGGACAUUUACUGUAUAUUUAUUUCACCUAGAAGACACUUUUAUCCUGUAUACAAAAGUAAAAGAAACCAAAGCACUGACUGAUUUAACUCUCUGCAGGAAUUUGUCAGCCAUCCAGGACCGAGAAAUCUGUUGUUACUCUGUUUCCUGCAAAGAGAAGGACAACAUAGGUGAGUAGUAGUGAGGCAGGCAAUGCACACAGCCCCUACCAAUUAUCAGUUUCAGCAUUUCUAAUUCAAUUAAGAGGGAGUGCUGUGCUUAUGCUUGUUCUUUUUAAAAAAUGGUCCCCUCUUUGUAAUAUAUAGUAUCUUCUGUUUCGCAAUAGUUUGGGGAUUUUAAAUAUCUCCGCAAUAAUGUGAUGAAGUUUUAUUCCAUCUUCAGAUAUCACUCUGCAGUGGUUAAUCCAGCAUUCCAAGUCCUGAAGGAGCUGAGAGUGUAGGUCCUGCCCCAGCCUUCGCUGCUUCUGUGAGUCCUCCUUGCUGCCUCUGUGAAGUGGUUCUCAACCGCCCUGUCUACUCUCAACCCACCACUACAUUCUGCACCAUUUCCAGAUGUGUAGUCUUCAGUACAACACCAACCACUGCUUAGUCUUUCAGUUGUCACAAUACUGUGAUGAAGGACAGUGGAGAGUCCCUACUCAUCAUACUUGUUUUCCUUGGAGAAGUUCUACGUGUUUGUGUCCAUCCUUUGGUUUUAACGCUACAAACUGGGUUCAGGGAGUCUCAUUACCUCCCAGCCCACUGGCAUCAUAUCAGCUUGACUCUAUCUAGGUGGUGGAAUCCAGUCUCCUUCAUUCAGCAUCUACUCCAGUUCAAUGUCCCCAUUUGGUGUCAAUGUAAUAUUGUUUGAUUGUAAUUAACGUUUUUGCCAAAAUACGUCGCAUGUGUGAAUGCCUUUAUAUCCUGACACACUGUGAUAGAUAUAAUGUACGUUAAUUGAUUUGCUGGUCAAUGGACAUAUUUAAUGAUGUAUUUUAUGAAGUGGCUUACAGUUUACCUGACAAAUGGAAAGUAAGACUGUAUGGAAUGCUGUAGUCUGAGCUCAAUCCUAAGAGGGCUCUGCAGAGUUUUAAGUGCCUUCUGCAAAAUCUCUUUGAUUUCUGGAGCAAAUUAGCUUUCCAUGCAAGAAGAUGAUCAUCACACCAUACAGAUAUGCUGAACAUAUUGAUUGUUUUGACUUUUGACCCACGCCAUUUACUUAGUUGUCUCUGGACACAAUCAUUAAACUCUGUAGAAUCCCACGUUAUUUAAUGCACUUGUGUAAAUAUGCUUCAAUAAUAAAAAGUCAUUGAUGUACAUAGGAGGAAAUGUAGCUUGGUUGAAGGGGAAGCAGAAACACAGUAGUUCUCCACAUUUUGUGAAAUAUGAAAAUAGAAUCUGAAAACGUAUGAUUAUUAACAGCUUUUUGAGUGGCUGUCUCAUUGGUUACUCUUGAAUAUCAAGCUCACAGAGGGUCAUAUAAUUCAGUUGAUCAGAAAGCCAGCUGGUGUUACUCAUGGAGGAGUUUAUGGCAGAUGGUGUCAUUCGAUUCCUCACAAUGCCGAUCAGUCUGAGAUAAAGUUUUACAUGGAUGACUUGUCAUGUCUAAGCUUUAGCUUGAAUAAUGAUGUAUUUUGUGAAGCCUUACUGAUCCAAGGAAAAUGCUACAAGCCCCAAGAUGUCACCUGUCUUAGUUUCACAUGUUAUAUUAAAGAGUCAUCAGUUCUACAGUGAUUAGACAAUGAUUUCUUGAUAUGUUCUCCAAUUAUGACUUCAUGACAUACUAUAGAUUUCAGAAUAUCUUCUGCAUAGAAAAGUCUUGGGUGGGCAGCCUAAGUGUUUUUUUUCGGCCUGCCUAUGUCCAAACAGUAAAAAAAUGUUUGAUACUUUUCGGAAUGGACAUGUUUUUUUCUGUGUGAACAUAAACGACUAAAACUAGAUACAAAGUAUGUAGAAAAGAUAAUGGAGCUAUAUUUUAAAAUAAGUUCUUCUUUGAGAACUAACAAUCACCAAAAUAAAGGCUAGACAGUCAGAGAAUAUAAAAUUCCCAAAAUGAUCCAUUCAGGAGUAUUUUUGUCAUGGCAUAGGGCCCCCAUUGAUUUUGUUGUGUUUGAGUCACUCAGACAGCAUAAGCCAUGCAACAUUUUCGAAUUGCGGGAAAUUAGCUUUAAAACUGAAAAUUUUCUCUCCGCCCCAUGGAAAGAUGAAAAAUGCAGGAAAUUAGCUUUAGA